AUGCCCAUAACUUCAUAUUCAAAUCCUCCAGCGGAAGUUGGCUGUCCUAUCCCAGCAAACACACCACACGCUAUCUCCGUAGCACUUCCAAAGUGGCAAGAUAAUGUAGACUACGAAGAAGGUCGUGAGAGGGUUGUAAAUCGUAUGUUAACAGGGUAUCCAAGAUUCUUUAUUAAUAAACAAAUCGAGAAGUUAAUGUCGACAUGUGAACAAAAAUUUGCAAAACCAACCGAGUCAUGUCUGCUGUAUCCUAGUCGUAAAACUGCAGAACGUUGUCGAGAUUUCUUACGCCGAUACUAUGAAUCUAGUAGUUCCGCUAGUCUUCGUUUAGCCGAAAUUACCGUUGUAACACCAGAUCGAAGCAAAUCAUUGAUUCAAGGCAAUGUCACAUUGCAUGUAGUUCUUUUUCCAAAAGAAGCAUUCUCUGUGGCAAAGACCUUUUGGCAACAUACAGGAGAUGGUAUUAGUUCCCGAUUAGCUGAAUAUGCACUUAAUGUACUGCAAACAGAAUUCAAUGAACAGUACACAAAAAACUUUAAUAAAGUUUUUACGAAAAGAGCAUCAUUUUGUAAACGAUAUUCCAAUGGGCAAAUAUCGAAUCUAGCUUGUGAACCUAAGGAAACUUUACCCACAGAUAUUUCAUUGAUUGACAACUCUAAUUUUAUUGAGCAGAACUUUUAUGUUGAAGAACGUUAUGGUCGCAAUUUACCUAUAUCAUUUGGUGAAAAGGCAAAAAUUGAACUUAGGCGAAGAAUUGCUAGUAGCAUUGGAGAGAGCAAGGAUGGAUCUGUUCUAACUGAACGAGUGGUAAAAGAUGUAACAGAAGAUGAUGUUUUUCUUUUCCCAAGUGGAAUGAGUUCCAUCUUUCAUGCUCACCGAUUUUUAUUGACGGCAUUUUCACAGAGAAAAAAGUAUCUGCUUUGG